AGCUGAUCCGAGACGGGAGCCGGCGGCGGCGGUGCGGUGCGGCGGGGGGAGCGGCGGGGCCGAGCCGGGCCGUGGUGUGGUGCUGUCGGUUCCGGGCUGGGCCGCUCCGCGCAGCUGCUGCCCCUCUGCCCGCUCCUGGCUGCCCGGCAGCAGUUCUUCAGUGGCAAGCUUUAUGUCCUUCUCUAGUAGCUAAAGCUGCCAGUUGAAGAACUGUUGAAUGUAGCCACGUUCAUCGCUGCGACGUCGGAUGUCAGCUGUAGCCGUGCCCUGAGCCACCGGGAUGAGUGAGCCAACAGCAUCCCAUAGAUGCACCUCGAGGGAGCUGAGGAUGAGCCCGGCGGGGAUGAGGAGCCUCCAGGCAAAGCCAGGGCUGUAAAACAGGGCAUGGGGACCCUCCCCAUGGCGGGGUGGGAUUGAAUUGGAACGGCCAGAGACAUUAAACUUUGUGUUUUCCUGAACCACUCAUUCGUUGCCUGUGGGGUGGGAGGAUGGUGGUGAUGUUGGACCAUGGGGUGGCAGGGAGGGGUGGCAGCUCUGUCCCACGGUGGGUCAAUGGGCAGAGGGUUGUUUUUGGGUCUGUCUCGGUCACAGCAGGGCUGACCUGUGCUGUUCCAGGGAUUGGCACUACAAAGAGCCGGGCGGUGGGAUGGGGCUGCCUGGGCGGGAUGGGCUGCAGAGCUGCUGACUCAGGGCCGAGUCAUGCACAGCCCAGGGAAUGGCUGCCCUGUUCUAUGGCCGGUGCUGGGGCAGUGCCAGGGCUUCAGGUAUGCUGGGUGUGCUGUGUCUUCUGUGCUUGAGCUGCUGAUGGCGGCAGCAGGAGGAGUUUGGAUAAAGCCUUCUGGGAUCCAGGGUAAUGGGGUAAAACAUCUGUGCGUGGACCCAGCAGGGACAGCAGGAGCCUCAUGCUGGGGGCUGCACAGUUCUGGUUCAAUCUCCCUGUCUGGCUGUAGGGCUGCUGCUGAAUUCCUGCACCUGGUGAUGUGCAGAAAGCAGCUCAGUGCCCCUCAACUGGCAGAAGUGGAGCAAAUCUGUUGCGCAGCAUCCUUCAUUCUGAUAAGAACUUGGCGUGCAUCUGCUGAUGGCUGCAGGAAGUGGAGUUUUUUGGGCUUUGCUGCUGCCUACUGCAGGGAAUGGGGUUACUGAGCCCCCCUGGACCGACUCCUGCUCAGUGUUGGAUGAUGGAGGAGCGCCUCUGGCUGCAGGCAGCACCGUGCUCUCCCAGCCCAGCUGCAGAACUGCGGGUUCCUACAGAACCAGAGGGGCACAAAGCAGCUGCAGUGAGUGCGUGGGGUGGGAGGAGGGGCAGCUCGCAGGCAUGGUGGUGCCAGAGCUGUCGGUGUGUGGUAUGGAUGAGCUGCAUGCUCCUUCCACCAUGCCUCUGCCCCUGUGUGUGUCAGCACAUGCGGAGUGCUUAGGGUUGCUGCUUCCUCCUGUCAUCGUGAUGCGCUCCUCCCGGGUAAGUUGGGGCAGUUUCAGGGUUGACAAUUGCCCUGCACAGCAGCACUGAGCCCGCAGAGUUGGGGGAUUUCAUUCCAGCUUCCUCUGUUAGAAGGUGCUGCGGUGCAACUUCGAGUGUUUUGCACAAAAAUGGUGCGAUGUUAUCUCACCUGCUGAGCAAACAGGCUCAGCUCUGCUCUGAGCAUAAAGGCAGAGGGAUUGAGGCUGACACAGUGUCCCUGUGGGAACUUGCCUGACACUCAGAGCUUACCCUUCCUCCUGCAAAGUGCCAUGUGACCGGUGAGUAAGUGCAGUGCUUCCUGUAGAACGCACGGCCUCGCUUGCUGCUGCCUUGCAAAACCAUGCAACUCUUUCCUCCAGUGCUGAGGCUGCGUUUCCUGCAGCAUCCGCCCUUCUCCUCCUCAAAGCAGCCAGCGCUGGGGAUGCCACGCUGCGUGCAGCUGGGCUGGGGUUGCUGGAUUGGGAAGCAGUCGCUGCGGCAGCUAAUGCAAUAUUCACGAUGGCUGAAGCAAUGCCAGCAGGUGCUGCUUGCUCAAAGGUCGGCUCGCAGCCUUCUGUCUUUAGGGGUGAGUUAUUUGGCAUCAGCUCUUGCACACGGGCUGUCUCGUUCCCAGCUGUGAGAGCAGUUUGCCUCACUCAGAGUUCCCCUCGCUGGGAAAAUGUGCUUCUGCAAAGCAGAAGGUCAGCGUGACCGGGGUGUGCUGAGUGAACGCUCCCUGCCAGCAGUGAGCUGAAGGUGGCGGAUGGAGGUGGUGGAUCGGGGACUGUGUGAUCUCCUCUUGCCCAGCCCAGCAGGUCCCUGGUUAGGGGAGAGAGGGAAGUACAGCUCUAUUUUGCCCUGGAGUGCAAAGAGCAGCCAAGGGUUGUGCAGAUACAAAAUGCAUGUGCUCAAUCCAGCUUUGCUUCUGCUUUAUUUCUCUUGCACCAAGCUGGGCUUUAACUCCUGGUUGACGCUGUGCCCCCUGUGGCAGUGCACAGAUGAAGCUUAGCUUGCUGUCACAAGCAUAUGUUGUUGAUAUCGUAGGCCCUGCAAACAAGAGGGGCAUUGGGGAACUGCAGGAACUCAGCGCCGUGCUGAUGGGCUCUGUGUUUGCAGGGGAAAGGCAUCACCCUCCUGCUCAGGGCAUCACUUACUCUGCUUCUUCCUUUGAAAUCUUUUCCCCCAAGUAUAAAACUUCUGCAAUCAGAGACACCACGGGGUCACAGUUUAGGCUGGCAGCUGCUGUCACCAAGCCAUCUCUGGAAGGGAAAGCAGAAGGAUGCAGAGCUCCUUGGUGCACAUAACACAACAUAGCAGCAUCCUCCUGUGGACAGUGGGCUGAGGAGAGUUUGGGGCAGGACAGGGGAAUGUGGGGCACCAGGCAUGGGAGCAGUGGGGCAGAGGAAAUGGGGAUGUGUGCCAGGCUCCCUGCAUAGCUGCCCCAUUCUGGUCGCACCAUAAUGCAGCUCCACUCACUUGAGGUAGAAGAUGAGGAACUUCUGUUCCUCCAAGCUGCCCUUCAGAACGGUGUCGGUGUAGCCCUUCCCACAGCCUGCAGAAGAUGAUCGUGGGGUCAGGGAGCUCUGGUACAGCAGUGCCACCCACCCCACCUCAAUGCCCCCUGGAGCGCAGGAAGAAGGAGAGGGGAUGUGACUCUGGCAUGGGGCUGCGGGCUGGCAGAGAGGCCCUGGCCGAGCAGAGCUGACCCAGAGGAGCAGGACUGCACGUGGCCCCAAGUUUCUCCUUGGCUUGGUGAUGGUUCCUCUCUCUCUGCCCCAUCCUACCUGCAUAGUGGAUGCUUCUCCCAAGCAUUGUGGUCCAGAAGAAAGGGACAGUGUGCAACUCCUUCUGUUUCUUCAACAUGUUAAAGGCAGCGAUGGAACCUGUGGCAAUGGAGCAUCAGAGGGAAUGUUUUUGUUUCCUGGAGGUCCUCGGGAGGAUGCUGAGUGUCUGAGGGGAGCUGGGAAGCACUGCCUCACCGUGGGCCUCGGCCACCUGUUGGUGAUGGAUGCUGGAGUGGUCCCCAUUGAGCAGUGCUACGGGAAAGGAAACCACAUCUCCCGCAGCAAAGACAUUUGGGAUGUUGGUUUGCAUGCGCUAAUGGGACAAAAAGCCAUGAAUGCAACAGUGAAAGGGAAAGGAUUCCGAAUGAGCCGUGGGUGCUCAGCUGGCACGCACCAGGUCCACCAGGAUGGCACCACUGUUGUCUUUGGCGAUGGUGGUACCCUUCAGAAAUGCAGAGUUGGGGGUCACCCCUGCAAGGAAAGGAGUAAGGACAAAUGAAGCAAGGCACCGUAAAGGCAGGGAGUAACUUUGGCUGUGCAAUGAACGCGUGGCCUUGGUGCCUGCUCAGCCUGCCUGGACUACGGCAGCUUGCAGCAGUGACCAGCAGUUGAGCUGGUGCUGAGCUAACCCAGCAACAAUAAAACCAGGACCCAGAACAAGGCGUGCUCUGAUAACACAGCAGUGACCUACAGAGCUCAGCAAGCGUGCCAAAGUCAUAUCAAGACUGUAAGACGUUUCUUUCCUCCUGCUUAUUGCUCGUAAGCCCCUCGGGUGGGUGUGAGCAAAAGGAAGGACUGGUAAUGGGAAUGGACUGAGAUGCUCUCCCCAUUUCCAGAGCUGCCUCCCUCUCCAGCUGGGCUCACUUUACCUAUUCCCACCACCACCACAUCCGCAGGUAGUUUUUCUCCACUGGCAAGAAUGGCUUCUGCGACCUGGGAAAGAAGCAAGGAUCGUUAACAGAGGGCUAAAAACUCUGUCCUCAUUUCCAUAGCCUCUCUGUUGCCUUAUUCUUUGCUCUCUCUAUUUUCUUUCUCAGGCUGAGAUGACCUUGUCCAGCUAACACGUCUUGCUGGGAAUAUAAGAGAAAAUCAAGGAAGGCAGCAUGCUGUUGCCUUCUGAGCUCAGAGCUGUGCUCUGUGCAAGGAAACAUGAGGGUCUAGACAUGGGAGGAGACAGCCUAGACAUAGGCACUGGGAUACACCUCAAUUUGAGGGGGGUGUCCCCUAAAAAUAGAAGUUCAGAGACCUCAGUGGCAUGACUGACCUUUCCAUCCUUCCCUUUCAGCUCGUGGAGUUCUUUUUUCAUGUAAAACUUCACUCCUUUACUUUGCAGCAUCUGAAAAGGAAGAGGAAACUGCUUUGAGUGUUCACUAGGAAAUUCCAGGCUCGUAAAAACAGCAGCAUCCAGCCAGAAACCAGGCAGACAGCUUAGCUGCUGCUCCGUGCUGCAGGAAGGUUUCGUUUGCAGGGUGCUCUGGGAGUCUGCCUCUGCUCUGCCAUCCCAGUUAGGACCACUGUGAGAUGGGGCUUAGGGGAGGAAUUGAGCUAAGAAAUGUAACGUGUGCACCAGGGAGGCUGGGGCUUUACAUGUGAGCUCUGAGCAAGGUGGCCAGGCGCUGCCAGGCUGCAGUUCCUGGGUGGUGGUGGAUAACAGGGCUGUUUGGAUAGCUCUGGGUUUUCCUAACCUUCAAGACAACGCCUCCGACCUGAGGACCCAGCGUUUUCUGGAAAGGGAACUCCUGUUUUUCCACCACCGAGAUGGCAGCAGCCUUGUCUGAGAGGAAGGCAGCUGUCUCCAUUCCUGCAAGUGAAUGGCACGUCCCAGAUAAGCCUGCUGCAAGUAGGAACCUGCACCCUCCUCCCGGGGAAUCUUUACCCCUUCCAGACGAGAACAAAUCUGAUGGAAUGCCAAUGCUUAACUGCUUUUCUGUGCAUUUAUGGGCUGCUAUAUUUCACUUUGUUCUCGUGCACUAUGGACCCAGAUAUUAGGAAAUACAAAGAGCAGCUCCUGGCUGCACAGCUCCCUUCUGUACCUUACCCCCUUGCUUUCCCAGAGGUUCUGGACAGUCCAGCUCCUCUGACUGACCUUUUCACAAGGCACAUUUCCCUCUGCCAUGAUCCAGGAACUGUAUAUGGCUCAAAGUUUCUGGCCAUCGAGGGAAAAGUUCUGCUAUGUAACUCAUAAAGCCAAAGUACAUAGCCAUAAAGUAUAGGACUCCAGUGUGGGACCAAGACAGGCACUGGACCAAGACACUCCUUCCCUGAGGACCCCUAAUUAAUACUAAUUAAUAAGCUCACACAGCAGAAGUGCAUUACAGGUCCCAUUUUUUCAAGACCUAACAGCCCCUCCAGCAUGGUACCUAUGAAUGAAGCUCCUACGAUCACCAGAUUCUUCCCAGAUGCCAGCUCUAAGACCUUGCUAGCAUCCUCCGGGGUUUGAAGAUGACACACGUUCUGCAGGUCUGCCCCUGGGACUUUGAGGAAGCUGGAGCUGAGAGAGAGAAUCCAGGUCAGGGCAGCCACACCUACGAGAGAUGCUCAUCUCAGCCCUGUUACGCAUCACUACAGAGUGGGAGGAAGAAGAUGAGUCCUCCGUGGGGAUGAGAUUGGCAGAUCACAGUGUCUGUGGUGAGGAUGUGGUACAGACCACUUCACUGACCUCCCCCCAGGAGAAGCAUCGUGUUCCUGUUGAGAAGGCAUCGUUUGCUCAUGUCCUUCACCCUCAGGCUGCUUUCAAGAUCCUAGAAGAAAGUGAGACACAGUGAAAUCGUACCCAGCCCGAGGUGCUGAUGGUGCUUACUGGCAGCAGCCCAUCACUUGUUGCAGUUUCAGUGCCCGUUGCCCCAGACAGAGCAGUGAUGGAGAGCUCAGACUCAGACUCCACGCUUUUGUACUUAAGUAAAGAGAACAGAAGAUCUCCUCCCAGAUUAAUACCUCAAAGGAGAGACAUUACCCAGUGUGUAUGCAGUGACUCAUCUGAAUAAGGUCUGCGUAGCAUCCUCACUCCAGGCGGAGACGUCAAAAAGCAACGAGAGAGCAAUCAGACCAAAGGCAGCAGGAAAAAGCAGUGCCAUGGUGGGAUGGAGCUGAGGAAAGUGUGGGUAUGUGACCCUGAAUUCCCACAGAGAGCAGAUCUGGGGUGUCUCGACAGCAGGGAGCUGCUCGUGGGAUGGGAUGUGGGACAAAGGGAUGGAGGGCAGCAGUGCAGUGGGUGCAGCAUUUAUAUAUGUUUUUUGUUUGGCAUAGCAAUUGGAGCUUUUUGGUCAAUAAACCCACAGUGAGAUCUGCACAGAGUCUGUGCCCACAGUGAGGGAUGGGAUACUGGGGCAAGCACCGGGAAUACUUCGGGAUGAAGCAUUGCUGCAAUGGGGGUGGAGGGUGUUGAGUCCCCUGGUGCCACCUGGGUGCAGGAGGAACUUCGGGGGGAUGAGGAAGGUGUCCGUAUCUCCCAGCCUCCCCCUCUCCGGAUAUCCCCUCUCCGGAUAUCCCCAUCUCCAGGCAUCCUCAGCUCCCACUGUCCCCACCUCCCGGUAUCCCCAGCUCUGGUGCCGGGACCCCCAGCCCCUCUCUCCACCUUCACUCUUGCAUUUCCCUCUCCUCAUUUCCGGACCGGGACACGGCGAUACCCGGUAACGGGGCGCGGCGAUGCCCGGGGCGGUGCCGGUGCCCGGGGCGGGGGCUACGGGGCGAGGCGGAGCUGUCGGGCAGCGCAUUCCGUGCCCCCCAUGGGAGGCAGCGGAUGCCCAUGGCUCUGGGGCCGGACUUGCUGCUGGUCGCCGGUUCUUUCGUCGCUUUCCGCUUGUUGAACCGGGGGGUGGAGCGGCUGAUGCCCCCGCCGCCCUCGGCUCGGCGGAACCGCUGGAAGUGGCGGAACAUCUGGACGUCGCUGGCACACAGCGUGCUGAGCGGCGGCGGGGCGCUGGCGGGGUGAGCAGCCGGGAUCGGACAGCGAGGGACCGCGAUGGGAACGUAGGGCCGAGGGGACAACGAGGGAGGUUGUUCUGCCUCUACCCUGGGCUGCAUGAGGAUCUGGUGGGCACGCACCCACCCGGGGCGCACAGCCUGGUGGCCGUGUCUGUAGGUUAUUUCCUGGAAGACUUUGUGGACAUGCUAUGCAAUCAGAAACUCCACCAGUCCUGGGAGCUGCUCUUCCAUCACUCCGUGGUGAUUGUCUGCUUUGGCAUUGCAGUGCUGCUCCAUCAAUACGUGGGCUUUGCCCUUGUGGCCUUACUGGUGGAGAUUAACUCCAUCUUCCUUCACCUACGCCAAAUCCUGCUCAUGGCCGACCUGGUGCACACCACCUGCUACCGCCUCAACAGCAUCAUCAACCUGGGCACCUACGUGGUGUUCCGCAUUGCCACGCUGGCCUGGAUGACACGCUGGCUGUUCCUCAACCGGCAGCAUGUGCCCCUGGCCACAUACACCGUGGGCACAGUUGGCAUGGCAAUCAUGACCCCUAUGAACAUCAUCCUCUUCUACCGCCUGCUGCGUAGUGAUUUCUUCAAGUCCAGCCGGGACACGCGCAGGGAGAAGGAGAAAUAGCAUUGAGCAGCCAUGAGCUCGUGGAGGAGGACAGCAAAGAGCUGUGGGGAGUGAGCAUGGCUAUUUCAGUGUUGCUUGGACUUGUGGCUGUGGAUCCUGGGCAGAGAAGGUGCUCGUGGACCAGGCACUGGAGCUCUGCUCUCUAGCACCUUUGGAUGAUGUGGUUGAACAACCAGGAGCUGCUCAGAGAAGCCUUGAAGGCUCUCCCAGCCCUGAGGCACCACUGAGAAGGGAGCAGAGAGAGGAGCAUUGUUUCCCCAUUGCUUUUCUGGACAUACAAACACCACUGUGUGUUUCUAACCUCUUAGGUGCUGCACUCUGCAGGGUCCUAUUGCCUAAGGGACUCUGUGCUGAACCUUGUGCUACCUCCGGCACUUCCCAUGGGACAGCAACAGGCAAGAGAAGCUCCGAGGCUUUGCCCUUGAGGCCAAGCCAGUAAAAGCCAAAUCCUGCACUCAUGAGUCCUCCCCAGUGAGACUGUGCCAGGUGAGAGAUGAAGGUUUGGAUCUGUCCUUGUCAGAUGCUGCUGGUGCUGGACUAGGGACAGUGGGAGCUUCAGUGCCAUAUUUGGGGACAGGCUGCUAACUUCAGACAGCUGGAGCUUUUCUAGCGUUGUUUUGUUCCCAGAUCUAUUAAUUCCCUAUAAACAAGUGUGGGAGUGCGUGAGUUGCAGGUCAGGACGAUGGUGUGUGAUAGUUUCUUCCCAUGGAUGAGAUGUUUUCAGAUGGGCCAGAUAUGGGCAUCUAUUAGGAACCAGAAGUCCUGCUGCAGAGCCCGGUGUAAUGCUCUCAAGCAGCACCAAGACCUCUUACUAACACAGGCUUUCAAUAAACGGCAAAUGAAACAGC